AUGCCCAAAUUCAAUUCUUCCCAAGCUCCCAUUUUAUUUCUUCUCCUUCUCGUUAUCCUUCUCUGUUCAACACAAACACAAUGCCACACCAAAGGUCUACGAGUACGACCAAGAAACCAGAAGAAUGUGAACACCACGAGUGGCCAGACGCAAAGCCCGGAGGAGGAAUUCUUGAAAUGGGUGAGAUUCGUUGGGAGCCUAAAACACUCGGUGUUCAAGGCAGCCAAGAACAAACUCUUCCCUUCCUACACACUCACUGUCCAUAAAAAACGCAAUAAAGGUGACUUCACUAAAAUCCAAGACGCCAUUGAUUCUCUCCCUAUCAUCAACCUUGUUCGUGUCGUCAUCAAAGUUCAUGCCGGAGUUUACAAGGAGAAGGUGAACAUACCCCCAAUGAAGGCAUUCAUAACAAUAGAAGGAGAAGGAGCAGAGAAGACAAUAGUGGAAUGGGGAGACACAGCACAAACACCUGACCCAAGAGGCAUCCCCAUGGGCACCCAUAACUCUGCCUCUUUUGCCGUUAAUUCCCCUUUCUUUGUUGCCAAGAACAUGACUUUCAAGAAUACGACCCCUGUCCCAUUGCCGGGCGCGGUUGGAAAACAGGCAGUGGCAUUGAGGGUGUCAGCAGAUAAUGCAGCGUUUUUCGGGUGUAGAAUGCUUGGUGCACAAGACACUCUCUAUGAUCAUUUGGGAAGACAUUAUUACAAAGACUGUUACAUUGAAGGAUCUGUUGACUUUAUCUUCGGCAAUGCCCUUUCUCUCUAUGAGGGGUGCCAUGUGCAUGCGAUAGCGGAUAAGCUAGGAGCAGUGACCGCGCAAGGGAGGAGUAGUGUGCUAGAGGACACGGGAUUCUCGUUCGUAAAGUGUAAGGUGACAGGGACAGGGGUUUUGUAUCUAGGGAGGGCUUGGGGUCCCUUCUCAAGAGUCGUCUUUGCUUACACUUACAUGGACAACAUCAUCCUCCCUAGAGGCUGGUACAAUUGGGGCGACCCUUCACGCGAGAUGACGGUGUUCUAUGGGCAGUACAAGUGCACGGGAGCAGGAGCAGACUAUGCAGGGAGGGUGGCUUGGGCCAGAGAGCUAACAGACGAAGAAGCCAAGCCUUUUGUCUCUCUAACCUUCAUCGACGGCUCUGAAUGGAUCAGACUCUAA